AACGUGGCAAAACAGCAGACGACAAACACAACCAAUUUCAAGGGCUCCUAUCUACAAUGUAAGAAUUUAAAAACAAAUGAAAAAUGCAACUUCACACUUUGAAUUUCACAUAUCCAUCACAGCACUAAUCAUGUUCCUUCUGAAGACUUGGCGGGCAUCUGCAUUUGGAGUUUAUGGUUACUUGAAUUUCACCAGAAAUGGCUUCUUGGAACACUCCAAGAAAUUCAAACCCGAAGAUAUGGAAAUACGAAUAGAGGGGAAGAACUGCGUGGUCACAGGAGCAAAUUCUGGCAUUGGUUUUGCUACUGCUGAGGCUCUUGCAUCAUGUGGAGCAACUGUCUAUAUGGUGUGUCGUAACAAGGAGAAGGGAGAAACCGCUCUUUCUAAAAUUCAGUCUUCAACUGGCAAUCCAAAUGUUCAUUUGGAAGUUUGUGAUCUUUCGUCCAUCAGCGAGAUCAAGUCAUUUGCAUCCAGGUUCUCUUCAAAGGAUGUUCCGGUUCAUGUUCUUGUCAACAAUGCUGGACUGAUGGAGCAGAAACGAGUUACGACAUCUGAAGGAUUUGAGUUGAACUUUGCUGUCAAUGUAUUGGGCACUUAUGCCACAACAGAAUUAAUGUUGCCUUUGCUGGAGAUAGCUUCUCCUGAUGCUCGAGUCAUAACAGUUUCAUCUGGUGGAAUGUAUACUACUCCCUUGACCAGUGAUCUACAGUUUAGUGAUGGAAAAUUUAGUGGGGCAGAGCAAUAUGCUAGGAACAAGCGAGUUCAGGUAGCACUAACUGAAAAGUGGGCUGAGAUGUACAAGAACAAAGGAAUUGGGUUUUACUCAAUGCACCCGGGCUGGGCUGAGACACCUGGAGUAGCUAAAAGUUUACCUGAUUUUAACAAAUGGUUAUCGGGAAAGCUCAGAACUAGUGAAGAAGGUGCGGACACAGUUAUAUGGUUGGCUUUACAGCCUAAAGAGAAACUGGUAUCUGGUGGUUUCUAUUUUGAUAGAGCAGAAGCUCCUAAACACUUAAAGUUCGCAGCUACAAGGCAGUCUCAUGCAAUCAUAGACUCCAUUGUCGACACUCUACGUUCCUUGGUAUAGUCUCAAAAAAAAAAAAAGUUCCCGACCCCAAAUUGUUCCAGGAAUCUGCUUGCUGCAUAUUGCUUCUGCGUUAUGCUGUUUAUACGUAUCUUUAGCUCAUAGGAAGGAUAAUCAGCUUUAUGUUAUAAUGCUUUUCCAUAUGUGCAUUGGUUUAGAAUGGGCACUUUGAAAGGAACUGUAUAUCAAAUUCAGCUAUAGCGAAAAAGAAGAAUCUUUUUCUACAAUCAAGAAAUAGGACAGCCAGUUCAGUAGCAUUUGGCUAAAGGAAUAUUCAAAUGAUGCAAAGUUUCUUUCUCAGGAAUCUUCAAUAAGCUGUUUGUACUCC